AUGAUUGAAGCAUUAGAUGAAAAAGAAAAUCUUACCAAUCAUUGGAGGUUUCUCUUCAUGCUUCCUGUAGAUCCCAAGCUGGGAAAAAUGAUUAUAAUUGGAGCUAUAUUUCGGUGCUUUGAUCUUAUUCUUACAAUAUUUGGUGGCUUUAGUGUCAAAGAUCGUUUCCUCUUGUCCCAAGAUAAGAGAGAUUUAGAAGGGACUACAAAGUUUAGGUUUUCUGCUAAAGAUUACAACGAUCAUAUGGCUCUUGUUCGAGCAUAUGAAGGAUGGAAAAUGAUGAAAGAGAAGGAUCAACGUAUGAAUACUGCUGGAGAAAUUUUCUCUUUGCCCAAACUCUUCAGGCAAUUCGUUCUCUUCGGAAGCAAUUCAGCUUCAUCUUGA